GUGUAUUGCUACAACAGAUGUGAUUGCAUGAAAUUGAAAGGUAGAAUUGUGAACUGUGUUUGUGGGAAGGAGAAGAAGUGUUAUUUUAAGGUUCAUGCCGUGAAAUUGAAAGAUGAGGAGACAGUUCAAAUAAGGAGUUAUUUUCCAAACCACACAUGUGGUCACCAACACCAAAAUAAGAAAGUCACUGCUUUGUAUUUAGCUGAGAAAUACAUAGAUGAUUGGAGGGACAAUCCAACCUGGGAAUUAAAGGCAUUUAAGAAACGGGUUAAUAGAGAGUUAGGUUGUGAAGUGAAGUAUUCUAAGUGUUACAUGGCUAAAAGAAUUGCAAUGAAAAUGCUAUAUGGUGAUGCUAGUGAAGAGUAUAGCAGGGUUUGGGAUUAUGCGGAAGCAAUAAGGACGUUUAAUCCAGGAAGCACAGCAAUCGUUAAAUGCAUUGGAAUAGACACACCCCCACCUUUGUUCCAAAGGAUGUAUAUAUGCUUGACAGCGUGUAAGGAGGGGUUUGUAGCUGGCUGUAGGCCUAUUAUAGGUGUUGAUGGGGCACAUCUGAAGGGAAAAUUCCCUGGGGUUUUGUUGACUGCUGUUGGUAAAGAUGGGAACAAUAAUAUCUUUCCCAUUGCAUGGGCUGUGGUUGAAACUGAAAAUGUAGAAACAUGGAUAUGGUUUCUAAAUCUUCUGGUGGAAGACCUUAGGUCGGUAACUGCAUCGAGUAGUUGGGUUGAAGCAGAAGGUGAAGCUUUCACCUUCAUGAGCGAUAGGCAAAAGGGUUUGGUCGAAGCUUUGAACUCAGUGGUUCCUGAAUGCGAAAUUAGGUUCUGCUGUAGGCAUAUAUGGGCGAACUUCAAGAUCAAGUUCCCUGGAGAGUUGUUCAAACAACACUUUUGGAGUGCAGCCAGAGCCUACAACAAGAAUCAUUUUGAUAGAGAAAUGAAUGUAAUAAAGAAUAUUUCUAUUGACGCAUAUGCAUAUCUAGCUGCUAUUCCUGCAAAACAUUGGUCUAGGCAUGCUUUUUGUAGUAGGAGUAAGUCUGGGAUGUUAUUGAACAAUAUUUGUGAGGCAUUCAACAAUGUGUUAGUAGAAGCAAGGGCGAAGCCUAUAAUUUCCCUAAUGGAGUGGAUUAGGAGAUAUGUAAUGCAACGAAGCGCAGCCAAAAGGGAAGGGUUGAGUAACUUUCAAGGUGAGUUGAUGCCAGCUAUCACUAAAAUUAUUGAAAAAAAUGCAAAAGAAAUAUAUGGUUUAAGGGUAAUCCCAGUGGAUGUUUAUGAGUUUGAGGUGGAUGAUAUUGAAGACUGUUACGUUGUAAACUUGGCCAAUAGAACUUGCCAUUGUGGAAGUUGGCAGCUUAUAGGAAUUCCUUGCAAACAUGCCGUUGCUUGUAUUGUGCUUAGAAAAUUAGAUGCCAAAGACUUUGUCCACGAGGCGUAUCUCAUAGAAACGUAUCGAAAAACGUAUAGUCCAAAGUUUUAUGGUAUGCCAGGACACAAAAUGUGGCCAACAACCACUUUAGCCAAACCACUUCCUCCACCAUAUAGAAAGAUGCCUGGAAGGCCUAACAAGAGGAAAAGAAAGAAGGAAGUUGGUGAAGGUAAAGGAGGAAAGAAGGCUAUUACAGAAUUCAAGCAAAGGAGAUGUGGUAAUUGCGGUGAAGUUGGUCACUACAAAAAGGGCUGCAAAAAUCAACCUAAACCACCACCACCAACAAAGACCAAGUCAAAAGGUGGAAGGCCUAAAAUGGGAUCUUCUUCUACUCAACAAUCUACAACCAAUGAUGUGCCUAGCUCCAGUGGUCAACAACAAACGCAAAACGCUGCAUCUACUUCAUGUAUAAUGGAUCAAAAUAGUCAAAUAUAGACUUGUACUAUGUUGAAUUAUGUCUGGGAUGUACCCUGUAAUGUUGAGCUUAAUUAAAUGUUUUUUAGCAAAUGAAGUAUGUAUACUCAGAAUGUACUGUUGCUCUAAUAUUGCUGUACCCAGUUGAACUUAAUGUAAUGUUCCUUGCAAUCAGUAAUUGAAUUAUUUGCACUAUCUUGAAUCA